AGCCCCUCCGCCCAGAGGGCCGCCCGGGCCCGGGACUGCCAAGCGCUAACCGGGGCCAGUUCGGCCUGGUGGCAGCUAGGAGACACUUGGAGUCUCCCCGCAGGCGGCCCUGGGGCCGGAUGAAACCUCCAGCAAACCGCCUCCCCGCGCCCUGCGGGCUGCAGCCCGUUCCCUGCCCUAGCAAGUGGCUGGAGCAGGACUUCGCUGCUCCGGGCCCCCCUCCCGCCGGGAAGGAUCGGACCUGAGCCUGUGGAGGCGGGACCUUCCCGCAUCUAAGAUGGCGGCGGCAGGGUCACGUGGUACGCGCUGAGGCUCUGGCUGGCGGCCGGGUGCGGGACAUGGCGGCGGUGGCGAGAGCGGAGGAGGAGGAGGUGGGUAGGAGUCCCCAACAACGGUGCAGGAGCAGCUGGUCAUGGUGGAAUUAUCUGGAAUUAUUGAUUCAGACUUCCUAGAAAAAUGUGAAAACAAAUGCAAGAUUUUGGGAAUAGACACAGAGAGGCCCAUUUUGCAAGUGGACAGAUAUGUCUUUGCUGGGGAGUAUGAAGAUACCCUUGGAACCUGCGUGGUGUUUGAAGAAAAUGCAGAGCAUGUGGACGCAGAAGGAAACCAAAAACUACAGCUGAAAUACAAGUGCCACACGGUGAAGAAGCUGAAUAUGACACGGACGCUUCUGACUGAAAAGAAGGAAGGAGAAGAGAGCGUAGGUGGUGUGGAGUGGUUACAGAUUAAAGACAAAGAUUUCUCAUACAGCAGACCUAAUAUGAUUUGUAGUUUUCUGCACCAAAAUGAAGAUUCUGAGGAGUCAGCUCAGGCCCAGGACAAAUUGGCAGACAAAUUGGAGGGAGAGGUCAAUGACAAAGGGAACUCUGACCUAAAUAACGAACUGGAGAAGCAGAAUAGCAUGGAAAUGGAUGACUCUACUCCUCUCAUUGAUAGCCCUGCCUCUGAAGCAGAGAACUCUUCUUCAGGAAGUGCCCAGGACAUUACCGUAGAUGAUGCUCCUAGGUGAUGUCAAGUCUGCAGCGUCCAGAAGUGAGGACUAAUGGAGUUAGUUAAUAUUAUGAACCAAUUUUUAAAGUCACCUCAACUUGACCUCCACUUUAUGUGAGUAAUUAACAGUGAGUGCAAAACAUGCAUUUCAAGCUAGGGUCUUUAUUUACCUCUGAGCUGAAGACCAGGAACAAAUGACUAAAUGAGGAGACACCAUUAAAAAACUCUGAUGCAUUGCACAUCCAUGAAUAUCAGUAAAAGUAAAUAUUUUCUUUGUAAGAUAUCCGUUGCAAAUAAAGCCUUGAUAUUUUCAGUUAUAAUUUCA